GAAACCCAUUUCUUUGGGGGGGGUUGUUUGUUUACUCAUCUCGCCAACGUCACGUCCGGCUUUUGGUCACGAGCAAACGCCAGUGUUUCCGUCUGUGUUGUCGUGAAGCCGCAGUAACCAAGCGUUCCCUUUCUCUAUCGAGCUGAGGACGCGUUGAGGAAGCACGAUGAGUACUGACAAGUACCCCAGGUCGUCCAUAGAGGACGACUUCAACUAUGGCACGAAUGUCGCCACAGCCAGUAUCCAGAUACGGAUGGACUUCCUGAGGAAGGUGUACAGCCUGCUGAGCGUGCAGAUCAUCCUGACCACAGCCACCUCCGCCCUCUUCAUGUUCUCUCAAACCAUCAAGGAGUUCGUCCACGCCAGUCCUGCGGUGGUGUUGGCUUCGGCUUUGGGCUCUCUGGUGGUUCUGGUGGCCCUGGCCGUGUACAGACACCAGCAUCCAGUCAACCUCUACCUGCUGCUCGUAUUUACUCUGCUAGAAGCAAUUUCUGUGGCCACAGCUUUGACCUUCUAUGAAUACUCCACUGUACUGCAAGCCUUGUUCCUGACCUGUGCUGUGUUCGCUGGACUGACAAUCUACACGUUCCAGUCCAAGAGAGACUUCAGUAAAUUGGGAGCAGGACUGUUCGCCUGCCUCUGGAUCCUCCUCAUCGCAAGCUUCAUGAGGUUCUUCUUCAACAGCGACAGCACUGAGCUGGUCAUGUCUGGAGUGGGGGCCCUGGUCUUCUGUGGCUUCAUCAUCUACGACACACACCUGCUGAUGAAGCAGCUCUCGCCCGAGGAGCACAUCCUGGCCUCCAUCAACCUCUACCUGGACAUCGUCAACCUCUUCCUGCACAUCCUGCGUCUCCUGGAUUCCAUGAAGAAGCACUGAAAGCCCCCCCACAGAUACGCUGGUGUUUGAUUACCCUGAUUUCACGUGAGCUGACCAAACAUUAGAUUUUAGAGCGCAAGCUGUGUGCUUGGUGAACUGUCCACAUGUGUUGCUAAUUGUAUAAAGUGAAUUAGAUCUCUAUCAGUGCGGUUUCAUUUGUUCUGAAACCAAAAGGUCCUCAUCACAUCAUGAAACGGAUCAGUGACUUAAAGGUACACCACGUGAUUUGACAUUGAGCCCACGAGCACCCCCAGCAGGCCUAUUUGCAGCUCACCUUGUGCUUUUCGAUUUAAAUCCCUCUUGUAGCUGUAGACCGCUCAGAUAUCCUGUUUCACUGAGGAAUAGUCCCAGUACAGAAGGUCAAGACACUGGAACUUUAACAGCAUCACAAACUACAUCCUUCUGCAUUCAACUGUUUUAACAGAAAACAACAAAAGAGGGAUUUAUUGCAGCCCUUUAUCGCUCGGUGUACUAAAUAAAUAAAUAUAUAAAGAGCAGAACAUAGUUGGUUAACAGUGACCUGUGGGACAUUUGGCAUGGCGAGGCAUUAGUGAAUGCAUUUUACUUAUUUGGGUUUCACAUAUCUAUCAUUCCACAAAUGUAUUCUCAAACUGAAUUUAUUGUUGAAUGUCUUCAAUGUUCUUGAACAGGAGUAUAUUGUCCAUCAGUCCCACCACACCACACCACACCACACCACACACACACACACACACAGCAAGAAGAGGACUCUAUGUAUGUUCAGUUUAAAGAAGCGCAUGCCUGGGCUUAUUGAUUGUACAUGUUUCAAUGGUGUAAAUGUAUCGGCGUACAGUUUGGUACUGCAGACUCGUAUGAUGAGGGUUUAGAGUAAUACGGUGUGAUUCUAGAGUAAUCUCAAUCAUCGGGAUAUGGUUAAAUGUUAUGAAGAUACUUGCUUCAACUGUUCCUAUUGAAUUACUCCAUAAAUGGACCACCCAGAAUGUUUUUCAGCUUCAGACUACAGUCUGCAUGUCUUAAUGAGUCAUUGUGUUGUGUUGAUUAUGGUUUAGGGUUGAUUGCCCCUUUUUAACUGCUGUAAACUAUGUUGUUAAACAUUCUUUAAAAUAAAUAUUGCAAUAUUUUCUAAAGGGAAAAAUGUAACCGAGA